CCUAUACAUUAUUGCACUGGUGGUGGGAAAUUCACGAAUAAUUGUGAAAGCCUUGAUGCUGAUUUUACAAGCACAUAUACUUAAUUAGCAACGAUAGCUAGCAUGCUAGGUGUUAGAUUAAAUUACAGUUAUCAUUAUUAAGAAGCAGUCAAACUUGGAAUUACUCACUUAACAUCAGCUAACGUUAGCCUUUAGCUACCUACGCUGAUUGAUAAACACAGGUGCAUAAGUGUGGAGAUUAACAUUAGCUUAUUCUGACGUGAAAUCAGAAGAGAGACCUGUGUGUACUUGCAGAAUUAUUAUUAUUUUUAAUCAGUUUCAUGUGGUUUUAUUGGUGGGCUUUGGGUUGGGGUUUAGGAAGGAUCCGUGUGGCCCAAGUUUAAAAGGUUUUUAAAAAGUUUUUAAAAGUUUAUUUGCUUAUUUAAUUUAUUUAAUAUAGACACAAUGCUAAACUGGAGGCUUCUAGAAGCUUCCAUUACUACAAAUACCAAACAUGUCCUGGCUGAUGGCCUGCUGGCCCACAUUACAGUCACAAAGCAAACACUCCGCUCUGGCUGUUGAUUCCCAAGAAUCAAACUCGCGUGUCCGAUUCACUGAUUCAGUAUCGAAUGGAGAGUCGGAUCAGUGGAGUGAUUCAGUGUGGAAAGCGUGCUGUGGCUUUCGCGUUGGUUUUCUAACUGUUAGAGAAGCGAACUGCAGAGAAGCUCAGAGUUUGAAAAGGUUCUGAUGGAGGACUGCUGCACAUCAGGUCUAGACGACUAAAACACGAUUUGGGAGAUUUAAUCCCUUUGGAAAUAAACUAAAAAAAAAAAAAAGAAAGAAAAGAAAAAUGAACGGACUUGCAUUACCGAAACUGAGAAGUGAGAAGGGGAAGAAAAGUGAGUCGAAACACCGGCGCAUGUAUACACGCUGUAGGGGACACCGGGGUCAGCUGUACCUGUAACUGAAGCUCCACAUUGUAAUCACAGGUAACGUUUUCCUGGGCGAGGAUGAGGAGCAGGAUAGAGGAGCGAUGAAGAGGCUCAGCACCAUGUGGAUGUCCGUCAAGGGCAAAAUGGGCCGAGAUAGAGGUGCUAAAGAGCCGGACCCUCCGCUGAGCCCGGACCUGGUUCCUGUGGAUGAACAGCAGAGAGAACCGCGCUACGCCAGCGGACAGUUCUUCUUCGAGUACCUGGUGGUGGUCAGCCUUAAAAAAAACAAAACCGGCACGUACGAGCCACAAAUAUCGUACCAGUUCCCUAAGAGGGAUGGUAUGGUGCGUUUUCAGAAGGAGGAAGAGGAGAAGACGCUGAAGGCCAUCACACUGUUCUGUUUUCCAGAAGGCAUUAACUGGGCUCCACUGACAGAAUAUUCCAGUGAGACAUUCUCGUUCGUCCUGACCGAGGUGGACGGCAGCAGGAGGAACGGUUACUGCCGCAGGCUGCUGCCUCAUGGCAGUGGCGCUCGUCCCCCAGAGGCGUACUGCAUCAUCAGUAAAGUGGCCUGUUUCGGUCUCUUCUCGAAGAUCUUUGACGAAGUGGAGAAGCGACGUCAGAUCUCCAUGGCGAUGAUCUACCCGUUCAUGCAGAGUCUGCGUGAGGCUCCAUUUCCCGCUCCAGGAAACACCGUGCAGAUCAAGAGCUUCAUCCCCGACUCCGGCACCGAGCUCAUCAGUCUGACACGUCCCACAGACUCGUGGUUGGAACAUGUGGAUUUCCGUACGCUGUUCCGAUGUUUAUCGGAUGAAGAAGUGCUGCAGGUUUUCGCUGCUACAGUGUUGGAGCGCAGAAUCGUCUUCCUCGCUGAGGAUCUGGGGACGUUGUCUCAGGUGAUCCACGCCGUCUCUGUACUCCUCCAUCCCUUCAUCUGGCAGCACACACUAAUCUCCAUCGUGCCUCAGAUUCUGAUUGACGUCGUCAUGGCACCCACGCCAUACCUGCUGGGGGUUCAGAAGCAGCUGGCUGAUGAUGUCCUCGAUCAGGGUGACAUGCUGGCUGUUGAUUUGUCGGAGGGUCGAAAGCAAACGCUCAUCAGACGAGUCGGAGACGAGGACUCGAUUCUACCCCACAAACUGAAAGAGGAGAUCCUGCAGGCUCUGAGGAGCAGGAGCGAGACGUCCAGUUUGGAGGAACUGAACCGCAUCGUCCCCGAAGCCUUCCUCCCGUUCUUCAUCAAAACCGUCGGCCAUUUCUCCAAAUACAUGGUGAGGAACGGAGCGGAGGUGAACUUCAACAAGAGGAACUUCUGUAAAGCCAUCGAGUCCAAAAGCACUCGACAUUUCGUCAAGAAGUUCAUUCAGACGCAGAUGUUCGACCUGUUUAUACAGGAAGUGGAGCAGAGACCUGCCUCCCAGAAAGGUUUUUUUGAGCAGAAGAUCUCAGAGUAUCACAGGAAGAUGCGAGAGAAAGCAAAGAAACACUAGAACUUCAUAACGUGUGUAAAAUAUACAGAAACUGGAUGUUAAAUAAUUAUUCAGGCUGUAGAUAGAAAAAUGAAAAUUAUUUAUGUUAGUUUUAUUGUAAAUUGGGGAACGUGUGUGUGUGUGUAUAAUGGAUUCUUUUAAAAUGUGUGUUUUAAUACUAUAUUUUGUGUGUGUGAGAAGACGAUAUUUUAGUUUUAGAUUUAGGUCUUGAUGUUUUUAAAUUGAUAGUGAGUGUUUUUAAAAGACUGAGCCAGAAUUUAAAUAAAAACUUUUAAAUGUUUAAAAGUUCU